AUGAAGGGAAGCCCAAAAUUUGAAAAGUCAGACUCGGAAGAUCAAUCUAUUCCUAUAGAGACUAAAGACAUUGUGAUUUCAACUUCUAAGGCGGAAAUUGAAGAGGUUCAUGUUUCUCCUAUAGCUGUAGUGGCUGAGGAUCAUGAUCAACUAAAUCGUGUGGAAGAUGAAACACAAUCUAUCCAUGAAGAAGAUGACGAAGAUCUUAAUGAUGAUGUGGAGUUUUUGAAAGAGAUAGACUUCACCGGGAUUAGUGAUGAUAUCCCUAUAAACAUCGAACUCGAUCUUGACGAUGUCGAGUUUGGUCGAUUUUCGGGGCUUGACAGCGACUAUUUUAGAAAGUUCAAUGAAGUUGCUUCUUUAGCAACCAAGACUGGGGAAGACAGUAAUGUUCUCACGAUUUUGCUCUCCUCUUCCAAGCCCUUAGAGAUUUCUUCAGGUCAAAGAGAUGUGAAUUUGGAGAUUCUUCCCUCUGUUUCAACUGUCUCUACUUCUGCUCCACUUAUUGUUGAACCAUCUUAG